UGUGUGCGUGUGAGUGUUUGAGUGCUUGCGCGCGCGUGCGUGCGCGUGCAUCGAGCGUUGGGAAGGAGUCGCCAAACCGGUCGCGCGAUGUCGUCACAGCGUGGGCCCCAAGCGUCACCGCCCCGCCCCGCUGCCAUCCCCUCUAUAUAAAGGAGCCCUCACCGACACAGCAGCAACGUUCCACGGCAGUAGCCGUCUCCAAAACCUCAACAGCCACGCUCCGUGACACCCCGCUCAGCUACAGCGUCGGUCGGUCGGUCGGGCACUGCAUCUCUUACGCAAAAAACUCGGAACUCCAAAACAGGCAGCCCUCAUGAUAAUGUGUCUCAAGUGCAGCCGGGGACCCAUGGAUGCAGCCCCCCCGAACUGCUCAUCUCGUCUCAACAGCAGCAGCAGCGGCGGCGGCUGCAACGGCAUCGGUGCAGACGUGGAGAUGUCCCGCGCCGCCAACUACUACAUGAGACCCAGCCUCAGGCCACGCCUGCGAGCCUGCCCAAGCCCCGCUCCAUCCCCCCGCGUCAUCGGCAGACUCGGAGGUGGCGGCAGCGGCGGCCUCGGCGGCAGCGGCCUCGCCCACCGCGUGGAGACGCAGGUGUUCACCUUCGAGCCCCAGGCAGCGCACCAACCCCGGGCCACGGCUCCCGGCUCGAGGAGCGCUCGGCCAAGGGCCCCCAGGAGGGCGAUCCGGGUGAAGUACCCGGCCCAAAGGGCCCCGCGCAGGGGCCCGCCGUCCGAGCGGAACCCGGCCAAGGGCUGGCUCGCCUUCUUCGCGGUCGUCGUGGCUUUUCAGGUGUUUAACGCAGCCGAGAAUCUGGACGACUACGUCUCCAGCUACAACCUGGACGUGCUGGAAAAGCGCCUGUGCGCCCUGCACCACGUCGACGCGUCGGCCGCCAGCGCCGCGUCCUCCCGCGCCGCCGUGUCUGCCCUGCACCGCUACCUGUCCGUGCACUCGCAUGCCGAGCCGCUGGUGCUGUGGCUGCACGGCUGCGAGGGCGGCCGCCACGCCGAGGCCAUCGCCUCCCACUUCGCGGAGACGGCGGCGGUCCGCGUCGACCUGCGCCGCCUCGACCGAGCCGGCGAGGAUGCCGGCGGCCCGGACCUCCGCGCUCUGCUCGGCGCGUUCGGCGCCACAGCCGCGGAAGCGACGCGUGGAGGAGGCGUUGGAGGAGGUGAGAAGAUCCCAGUGAUGGUGCUGGAGGGAGAUGCGGACCAGCUGACGGCUGCUCUCCGCACCCUGGCGUCGUCGUCGUCGUCGUCGUCGUCCUCGUCCUCGUCCACAUCAUCGUCAUGGUCAUCGUCACAUUCCUGGUUUUCGAUGGACUCGCGCAGCAGCAGCAGCAGCGGCGGCGGCAGCAAUGCGGUGCUCGUGGUUGUCCAGGAGUCGCUGGCGCAGCCGGGCGCCCAUGCUGAGCUGGCGAGGCUGGUGGACGCGGGCCUCGUUAGCGAGCACAGCGCCGUGGUCGACAUGUCAGCUGCGGCGGCGCCCCGCGAGUAGACGGCGAGCCGGCCACCACCAGAGGGCGGGGUGACCCUUGUGCACGAACUGUGGCAGCGCAGCGAACCGCGUUCGCGUUUACCGGGGCCACUCCAGAGAACGGCUGCUGUUGACUCCCCAUAGUGACACUCGAUUUGUUGAUACCACAGGGGCAAUGGGCUGCGUUGGUAGUCCCCCCCCACCCCCCCAAACACUUACCCCAGCUGUGGCUUGAAAUGGUGACUUGGUUAUUUUAUUCUAUUUAAAAUGUAUAGAAUGCAUCCUGCAGUUUUAUAUCCUGUGCUACUUGCAACAACAGCAAAAACCGAGCUCACGUGACUGCGUGAUUGUUGUGCCGCGCGUGUGCGCGUGUGUGUGUUUAACGCAGAGGCACAAGAAGUUUUUUUGAAGGGGAAUUUGAGCCAGUAAGUGGAAAAGAAUUCCACUCUGCUACGCCGAGAGGGGUGCUGGUAUCGCUAUAGGGUGACGACCACCGUGAACUUUUCCUGCACCCACCGGUGCAGGAGCCUCGCCUAGGCAGCGUUCAUUUCACUCGCACUCUGACGCAGAUUAUGAUGAUCAUGUUGGAUCCGAGCGGACCCAGACGGAGACAUUGGGAAGACGGCGGUGAACCUGAGUUCCCACCCGCCACCCCGUCCCGCCAUCCAUCCAUCGCGUGCACGCAUCGCUCGCGCACACAAUCGUCUCCCGCCACAGCCAUGAUCAAACAUUAAUCGAAUAUCGUGUGAUUAUUUAUCUAUUUAUGCAUUCGUGCUACCCACCGGCGCGCUGCCGUCAUGACCACGACGCUCGUUGCGGACUCGCGAGGAGAGGUCCGAGCUGGCGACCCGGUGUCCACGUGUUUUAUUUGUUUGCGACGUAAAUCCUCGUCGAGUUUUACUUGAAACAAUCGAAACGUCUCGCGCGUGGUUUAAGCAAACCGCUGAAAUUUGCACUACAGCGCACGAAGAUGAGAGAAGGAAGAGCGGUAUUGCGUUCCUGUGUUUGUAGAAUACGUACAUAUCUAUAUUAUUUAACAAAAACGACUAUUUAUAAUAUUUUAACUUAUGGCUGAAAAUUGACUUCGACCCUUGAUAUCGUGAAUAUUUAAAAAAAUAAUAAUAACAAAACUGUCUACAUUUUUCAAGACGUUAAUUUAUUCAAACGGCGCUGCUUUUUUUUGCGCAGUCGGAAUUUCGUGUGCGGUUACACAACAAACAAAAAAUGUGUUUUGCUGUCGGUCGCCCGCGAUGGAAGGACCCGGACUGGAUUCGUCCAUCGCGCCGGGCAGCGAGACGUUGCGUCGUGCCGGGAUUGCGCCGCGUCGGCACGGCAACGCUUUUUGAUGACCCACUCGACCACUGUUUUUGUAUUGACGCAUUCUGCUUGUUGUGAAAACAAAAAAGAAUCAACGACGAAUAAAAAAAAAAACUUUUUGCAAUUUA